CGUCCCUUUCCGUCCCGUCCCCCGCAUCCCGGGCCGGUGCGGGCGCUGCUGCGGGCGCGGCGAUGGGCGCGGGGCGCUGCCUGGCUCUGUGCGCGCUGGCGCUGCUCGGGGACGCGUCCCGCGCGCUGCCCGGCGACGAGCAGGACUACUACCUGCAGGAGAUCGGCGACAGGGACCACUACUACGCCUUCCCCUACCCCGGAGAGGAGUUCUCUUUCACGGAGCGGCCCGGGGGGGGAGGACCCGCCCGCGCGGAGACGGGAUCCGAGCCGAGCAGGAAGGGGUUAAAGCCGAAGAAAAGCAACAAGAAAAGCAAAUCCCCGCCCGAACCGCCGCCAGAUUGCCCUCCACUUGGUCUAGAGACGUUAAAAAUUACGGACUUCCAGCUCCACGCCUCCACAGCAAAGCGUUAUGGCCUCGGGGCCCACCGAGGACGGCUUAAUAUUCAGGCAGGUGUUAACGAAAAUGACUUUUAUGAUGGUGCUUGGUGUGCAGGAAGAAAUGACCCAUAUCAGUGGAUUGAAGUGGAUGCUCGAAGGCUGACAAAAUUCACUGGAGUCAUCACACAGGGGAGAAACUCCCUUUGGUCGAGUAACUGGGUGACCUCUUACAGAGUAUUGGUGAGCAAUGACAGCCAUGCAUGGACUGCUGUCAGAAAUGAGUCUGGCGACAUGAUUUUUCAAGGAAACAGGGAGAAAGAGAUCCCAGUUCUCAACAUGUUGCCGGUGCCGCUGGUUGCACGCUAUAUCCGUAUAAACCCUCGGUCCUGGUUUGAAGAAGGCAGCAUCUGUAUGAGACUAGAAAUCUUAGGGUGCCCUUUGCCAGACCCAAAUAAUUAUUACCACAGAAGAAAUGAAAUGACAACAACGGAUAAUCUUGACUUUAAGCAUCACAACUACAAGGAAAUGAGGCAGUUGAUGAAAACUGUGAAUAAAAUGUGCCCAAAUAUCACAAGAAUUUACAAUAUUGGAAAAAGCCACCAAGGACUGAAGUUGUACGCUGUUGAGAUUUCUGACAACCCAGGAGAACACGAAGUUGGGGAACCAGAAUUCCGUUACAUUGCAGGAGCUCAUGGGAACGAAGUGCUUGGGCGUGAGCUAAUCCUUCUGUUAAUGCAGUUCAUGUGUCAGGAAUACCUGGCUGGGAACCCACGCAUCGUUCAUCUCAUUGAGGAUACCCGCAUCCACCUCCUACCUUCAGUCAACCCGGAUGGAUACGACAAAGCAUGUAAAGCGGGUUCAGAGUUGGGGGGCUGGUCUUUGGGACGGUGGACUCAGGACGGCAUUGACAUCAACAAUAACUUCCCUGAUUUAAACUCUUUGCUCUGGGAAUCUGAAGAUCAGAAGAAGAGUAAAUGGAAAGUUCCAAACCAUCACAUCCCCAUCCCUGACUGGUACCUGUCUGAGAACGCCACCGUGGCAGUUGAGACGCGAGCGAUAAUAGCAUGGAUGGAAAAAAUUCCUUUUGUGCUGGGUGGCAACUUGCAGGGGGGAGAGCUGGUGGUGGCUUACCCCUACGACAUGGCAAGGUCCGUGUGGAAAACUCAAGAUUACACGGCUACACCAGAUGACCACGUCUUUCGCUGGCUCGCGUAUUCCUACGCCUCUACUCAUCGGCUGAUGACAGAUGCAAGGAGGAGAGCAUGUCACACAGAGGAUUUCCAAAAGGAGGAUGGCACUGUUAACGGAGCCUCCUGGCAUACCGUGGCUGGAAGCAUCAAUGACUUCAGUUACCUGCACACAAACUGCUUUGAGCUGUCCAUCUACGUUGGCUGUGACAAGUACCCCCAUGAGAGCGAGUUGCCAGAAGAAUGGGAGAACAACCGUGAGUCCCUGAUUGUUUUUAUGGAACAGGUCCAUCGGGGCAUCAAAGGCAUAGUGAAAGAUGUGCACGGAAAGGGAAUCCCGAAUGCUGUCAUUUCGGUAGAAGGUGUUAACCAUGAUAUUCGCACAGGUGCCGAUGGGGAUUACUGGCGUCUUCUCAACCCUGGGGAAUAUGUGGUGGGCGUGAAGGCAGAGGGCUACACCACUGCCACCAAGACCUGCGAAGUUGGCUAUGACAUGGGAGCUACCCAGUGCGACUUCACCAUCUCCAAAACCAACCUGGCAAGGAUCAAGGAGAUCAUGAAGAAGUUUGGGAAGCAGCCCAUCAGCCUGUCCACGCGGCGGCUCAGGCAGAGGGCUCGGCAGUGGGGGCAGAAACGAUAGACCUGGCAGCCCGAGGAGCCGCGAGCUCUGCUUCUCUCAGCCUGGUUGUAGUCGUAGUGAGAGUUACAUAGCACAUCUCUUCAUACAUAUUUCUCUGCACGAGGCCUUUCUGUUAGCGGAGCUGGAUGGGUGAGGGGGGGUCAGUUUGGUGAAAAGUCAGAAACAGAAUUCAAGUUGAACCAAAGUAAGCCCCGGCCGGCGGGGAGAGGCAGGAAGAAUGUAGAAAGGUGCUUUGAGUUAACCUGGAAUUAAAUUUUUUUGCUUGUUGGGUUAUUUAAUCCUUUGUAAAUUGGUUUCCUUUAAAAAUAGAAAAAAAAAGAGAUACUUAUAAAGGAGAAGUGUUGUUUUGAAUGAAAAACUGAAAAAUGUUGUUUCUGAAGUAUAAAAUUGAUAUAUUUUUGCAGUUCAAAAAAAGUUUUGAUGCUCUAUGUUUUAUUCUUAUACUGGAGAAAGGCUGAGAGGGGACAAGUUCUGUUGAACGUUAUUGAAAUGUGAGUGACAAUUUCAGCCCCCCUUUCCCUGCCAGCCCAUCUUUGGACAAGCAACACAAUAGCUGGGGACAAAGCCCAAAGCGAGUAACCCACCUUGGCUUUCCUGCCUGGUUUGUUUAUACUUAAAAGCAUCUUGUGCUUCCAGAGUUAAUGCCAGGAGUGUUUUCUCCUCUGGCUGUUUAAGGCUUCAUUUUCACUCAAUGGGCUAACCCUAACACAAAGGGCAUAGCAUGAGGACCACUUCAGCAGGGUGGCACAGCACCCUUCCCUUACCCACCUUGUACCGCUGUCUUCCGUGACGUGUGAGGGAUUUUGUAAUCCUCUGCACCGACUGCUCAUCCUGCCGCUGAGACUGCUGCUUUUCUGGCCUUCUGACUCUAUGGCAGUCGGAUUUGUGCUUUAUUAUUGGCUUUUAAUCAAUAAAACUGUACAGCAGGAUAGGAUUGAGGUUCAGGAAAGAUGCAGGUGAGAUCUAGGUGAAUAAACACUGGACAAAGUAUCAGCUGGAGAAAAGCAAAUUUGCUGCCAUAGCUUCAAUAUUGUGGCCUUAAUUAUAAAUUAUACCAAACGAAGGGCCAGCUGCAUGAUCUUAGCCAGUGGGGAGCCUGUGGCUAAACAAAUAUCUCUCAACGUGCUUAGUAGGAAGUCUGUGGCACAUACUUCAAAAUACAAUUCUGUUUAAAACAUUUUAAUUAUUAUUAUAGUUUUCACUGAUUUGAUACAAUUCCGGGAACAGACAUUCGCAAGAGCAUCACUCCAAACUGAGGAAAGAUAAAUUGCAAGUAGAAAACUUACUGUAAAAAUACCACGUGCCAUCUGUAUUAAAUCUUUUUUUCUUGUCAGUGAAUCUUGUAAACACAUAAAAGGCAAAAGAUUGCAGAAUGAAUAAGCUAAUUGCGAACCCUACAUAAUAAAUAGUUGUACUCUUAAAUUUCUUAGACAAUCCCAGUCCAUGCUUGUUCUGCAGAUACUGUUGAAGAACAGCAAUGUAUUUGGCAGCAAGGGCACAAAGGAACUGGAGACCACACACAUGAUUUUCUAUAGCUGAAAUUUUGGAAUUCCAGCUGCUGGUCAGCAUCAUCUAAAUCAAACGACAGAGGUAAACAAAUAAUUUACAUUAUUACAUUACCAUUUAGAACUAUAUUUUACUUAUUUCACCCUACCACCCUUACAACAUCCUGUAUGUCAUGAUUAUUUCUGUACAGCAAAUACAACAGCAACUUGUCAAGAAGGUUUUAUUGGCAGCUGAGAAGGGAUUAGUGAGGUCUUCGCACAGGCAUUAGUGUGAAGUGAUUUUAGGAUAUGGAUUAAUGACAGUGGACAAUUUAUUAGCAGUUUAAUUUGGCUCAUUUGUCGGCAUGUGUAGAUUUUGUUACUACCACAGUAGAUCAGAGUAAUACACAAGUUUGUGUGUCGUGAACUGGUAAGAGUUGCUUAGGUGGCUUCUCCGUGAAGUCCCACAAAGGCUACCUGGUCAUCUUGCUGGGGCAGGUUGGCAAGCAUAGUCGGGAGAGGAACUGAACCAGCCAAAUUUAAAUCACCCUGAUAAUCAGGUUGAAAGUGGAAACCGCUAUCUUAGGCCUUAGUCCUGUUUCAGGAAAUAAUAUUUCAGGCCGGUUUGAAACUUGCUUUACAGCCCCAGAGGUUCCUGUGCUUUGUUCUCAGGUUAUCUCAAUGAGAAGGUAUUUUUUAUUUGAUAACAAGAAGUGGAUCUGAUGGGAAAUUCUUCAAUGUCUAUUAUCUAAAAUUAGAUGGACCCUAAUUGCUGAAGACCUCGGUAACAUCAGAUGCUGAAGACAGUGGCCUUGGUGUUCCUUAGUGGUCAUGAGUGGUGCUUCCACAUACUUGGGUACAGCAGAACUGUGACUGAUGCGGCUGACUUUGCUCUGUUUUAGUGCAGGCAUUACUAAAUAAAUGGCCUAAUAGCCAAGUACUUGUCUGUGCAAUUAUUUUUUGAUUGUCCAGCACCUUGACACAGAAAAACUCUCAGGUUCAAAGGAAUUUUACUGGGAACUUCAGCCGUGUGAGUAUCUCGGGCUGAGAGACCAUGUUUAUGCCUGCCCUGAAUAUAAUAGCUCUGAACUGAUGUGUGCCGUGGUUGCUGUGAUAGUUAUGCACUUGGGAGUUAAAGCUUUCAUUUUCUUUUAAAUACACAGCACCGCUCUUUAACCUUUCCACAGAUCAAAAUCACAAACCGAUACAUGUUUCCAGUGUUUUCUAUUCAUCUGCCUUUCCCCCAUCCUUUAGAACAGGUGAUUUUUUCUAAAUUUUGUGCUUUAAAUCUCCUUUGCUUUUCAUUUUGUAGGAAAACAGGCAACCCUGCAGAAAUGACAGCAGGUGAAACUCGAGGAUGGAUACGCUCCUUUUAUAAUUACAGAUCCAUUUUAACAGCUGCUUCUACGAGAACUUUGCUAAGCCUUGAUCAUCCCUGAUAGAAAAGAAUACAAUCCUUUCCAAGUAAUAAGAAAUUCAGCUGCGCAAUCUCACCCAUCCAAUAGAAGUUAAACAAAUAAAAGGUCAAAAUGGAAUAUCCACUCCUUGAUAAUACCAGCCAUCAGUCAUCUGCUCCCAUGCAGCGCUCUGAUGUUGUAGGAGCUGGCUAGCUUCUCCGUGAUGAUCCAUGUCAUCCUAUCCAGCUCUUCUUUCUGUAUCUGUUUAAUUAUCAUAAGUUUUAUUACCCCAUAUCUCAGUUUUUCUCAUUCAUCUUGGUACCUACAAGUACUCUAACCUCUCAGAGCUCAGUAUCUGCAAAUCAGCUUGGGAAAGCUGAAGCCAAUAAAAACAGAUCAACUAAAACUGUAUCUGCUGACACACGUUGGUGUGAUUGUAGUGAGUGUUGGUAAUCCAUUACCCAAAUUUCAUCUGCUGCAGUAUCCGAGUAUCACUUUUAAGAGGUGGUUGAGCUCUGUCUGGGUAAAACACACUGAUAAAAAUGAAUGUAGAAGAAAUUAUUGACUGUGCUGGUGAAGAAAUUUAUCUUUGAUGGAUGUUUUAAGCCAGUCACAUAUUUUCAGCUUGUCACCAACCACUUUCCCUUCUUUUAUCCGUGUAAAGUUGUGGAUUUUUCCCUCUAACUUCAGCCCACUAUUUUUUGUGAAUGUGGGUGAUGGGGUUGCACAGCCAGAUUUGCCUACCGUGCUGUGGGAGGUGCUCGACCUUUUGAGAGACACCAAGACAGAGAGGAGUUCAUUUGAAAUAGGGUGCAGGUGGUUUCACACACCCGCUUUAAAGUUAAACCUUUAAGUACCAGACUUCACCUCUGAAGGUCAUCGGAGCAUGGCUGCAGUGCCAGCGUCACAUCUGGAGGUGGCAUUGGGGCUGUCAAGGUUCAUCGGCACUUCCCAAAGCGGGGUUUCAGCAAAAUGCGAUGGGUGCUGCUGUGCUCCGUUAGCUGAACGCUAUUCUAAGAGAAGGAGUGGGCAGUUUAGAAAGCUCUGUUUUCCUGAUCAAGGCACAGAUAAAGGAAAGGCUGAGGGGCUGGUGAACAGCAGAUGUUGAAACAAAUAAGAUGAAAUGAUAGCUCCAUAAGGAAUCCUUUGCAUUUAGAUUUUGUCAUUUCUGCAAGACUUUUAUGAAGAGGUUAUAGAUGGGUUUAAAGUUGUCUUGCAACACGCAUGAAUUACAUGUGACGACAAGCACGUUUCCCCGGUAGCGUCAAUAAUAAAUCACCCUGCCCUUCACUCCUUACUCAGGAGUUACAGCAUCCAGUGUAAACUGGGGCUAAAAGCAGCUGCAAGACAGCUGCAGCUGUCUCAGAGGGUGAAGUGUUGCUGUGUGGGGUGGGUUUCAUGGCCACAAAAAGGUGCGUGGGACAGGACAUGUGCAGAUCUGAAGAAACACAAACAGAGAGAGCCAGGAUGCAGCUUUAAGCGUGGCAGCGUGGUGCCGGUAUGGAGGAAGCCCAACCAGCUUUGUUACAAACCCAUGUGUACAGAAGGGGCUGUUCCAUGAGAAUGAGACACAAAAAUUCCGCAAAGAAUAAUGAAAUACUCCCAAUCCAGAACACCACUUUGCUUUUGGCAAGCAAAAAAAAGGAAGGAAAAGCCCCUCCUCUGUGUGUUUGAAAUAAUAUUUAUGAAUGGCAAUACCAAAUCACCGUUAUGAACACUACACUUUUGCUUUUAUUUGGAAUUCUUUCCCAUCCUAAGUCUGUACUGUGUAUUCUGAAAUAUCAAUGUUGCUUAGAGCAGCAACAAUUCGCACGUAUUAUUUUAUGAAGUAAUAUCAAUUACGAUAUUUUAAUUUUUCUGGUCAUUAACCCUCACUUAAUUUGCAGCAGCAAUUCCAUACACCACUUUGUCAAUGGCACAACCAUUGUUAACUCUGUGCUAUCCCAAGAGCAACAAAACAGAGUGUUCAGAGUAAACCAUCACUGAAAGAUCUUGGGCAUUUCAACCAGCCUUAUUGUCAGCAAGUACAAAUAUGGAAAAUGGCAUUGCUUUUUGUGUUUUAGAUGUGACAGAAAUACAGUACCUGUUAAUAAGGAUCAAUGGCAGCACAAUCUCACUUGAAUAGACCAGGGGGAUUUAAAUUUGAGAUCUAUUUCUUACCGUAAGAAGCUGGAUCUGAUUACAUGGCUUCAGGUUUUUUUUAAAUGUAAAAGGUGUUAAAAUCUGGAGAGAGGGUUGAGUUUCUAAACUGAUCUUAUAGAAGUCUCAUGAACUGCUGAGGAUGUUGAAAUGAUCCAUUCCCAACUUAAAAUAAAAUAAAUGCCUGUUAUUAGAGGAGGGAAAAAAUAAACUCUAGAUGGGGGAGGAAGGAGCAAAUAAGGAUGUUAGAAAUGAUACAGUGGAAAUGAGUCUCCGUGACCCAUAACAAUAGCGGUGUGUGUGUUUGUGCAUUGUGUGGGCAUAUUGUAUGCACUCCAUAUGUUUACUUACAAGAGACAGAAGCAAUUAUGAGCCCAGGCAGCCCUCAGGGGGCAUCAGCACUGCAGAGCUGCCAAUUGUUUGACAUUAAGAAAAGCAAACUGUACAAAUGUGGCCUUAUUAUAACAACAAUCAGAGCUGAGUGUAGGAGUCUGUA